AACGAACAGAACCGCUUAAUCGACCCACAAAGGCAUUUUUACUAAGAAAACGAAUUUGCAAUGGAGAAGAGGCUCCGGUCAUCUCUCAAGACAUCCGCCGAGGAAUUCCUCUUAUCCGCCGUCAAAUCAUCCCUGAAAACCUCUAAACCGUCGCUGAAAACCAUCAUCAACGCCGUGAAACCCUCAUCGGACCUCUCAUCUUCUCUCCCACUUGCUCUUCACCAGUCCAUACUCCACCACACAGAAUCCUUCCAGAAACUCGCCGGAGAUGGUAAUCCAUCUCCCCCUUCUCCCUCUAAUUCUCCUCCAUCGAAGCGCCAACGUGGUAACGGAUCCUUACCCGAUUCGGAUUUGGAUAAGCGGAGGCAGAAGAUCCUUGCUUCUCUCCAUGUCCUCUCUCAUGUACUCCAUCUUUGCAUUUCAUCUCCCAAAAAAGCCUUUCCUACUUCCGAGCUACUCCUCGCUGCUCAAGCUUUGCAUAACAAUCUUAUACUGUUCGAGUCGGAACCGGCUCUGUGCCUUGAGAUUGCCGGAAUUUGCGAGUCGUGGUGGAAGGAAGGUCUUCUCGAGAGAGAAACUUUGAUUUCUCAGUCGUUGCCGUUUCUGCUAUCGAGGUCAUUGACGCUGAAGAAGAAAGUAGACGUGCAUCGAGUCUAUAUGCUGAGGGAAGCAUUCACACUGUUUGAUUUCGAAGACGAGAGCAUUGAGGAUCUGAGGAUGCUGCUGAUGCGGUGUGUGGUUUCGCCUCUGUAUGUGAAAACAGAAGACGGCCAGAGAUUCAUCUCUUUCGCCUUUGGGCUUAGCCGACAGUUGAUGAAGUCCGGUCUUGCUGUUGUCAAAGCUCAGAUUCCUUUUGGGAGGAAGUCGGUGCUUGAAGGGUUUGGUGGGAUUCUCUUUAGGGCUUGGAAAGAAGUAGAUGGAGAUUUGAGAGGUGAGAUUGAAGAUGGGUUUUUGCAGGGGAUUAUUGAUAGUGCUAUUCACGCCGCGUCUUGCGCCUUUGCUGCCUCUCUAAGGAGGGUUUUGGGAGGUUUUAUCACUCAGAGGACAACUCAAGGAGUUGAGAAGCUCCUCUUUGGCCUCGCCGAGCCCAUGAUCUUUCGCUCAUUGCAGGUGGCAAAUUCGAAUGUUCGUUUGAAUGCUUUAUAUUUACUUCUGGAUCUUUUCCCGAUGGAGGAUCCGGAUGCAACAAAAGAAGAAAAAGAUACGCUGCUUGACAAACAGUUCUACUUGUUGGAAAAAUUGAUGAGUGAUGAAUGUCCAGAUGUGAGGUCUGUCGCUGUUGAAGGUCUCUGUCGAGUUUUCUAUCUUUUCUGGGAAGUGAUCCCAUCACCGACAAUUACCAAGAUCAUCACAAAACUUUUCGAUGAUAUGUCACAUGAAUCGUGCAGUGAGGUUAGACUCUCGACCGUUAAUGGUAUAACUUAUCUUCUCUCAAACCCACAGUCUCAUGCAAUUCUUAAAGUGCUUCUGCCAAGACUGGGACAUUUGAUGCUAGAUAACGUUACUUCAGUACGUGUUGCCAUGGUUGAUCUGCUCCUUUUGUUAAGAGAUGUUCGGAGUUUCCAGUUUAAUACGGUAGUGAGCUUGGAUGUGUUAUUAUCUGUGCUUGCUACUGAUCAAACUCAUGUUGCUAAGGGAAUCGCGAAGCUUUUAAUGCCAUCGUAUUUUCCAUCAAGAAAGAGAGCUGAGGAGGCGUGCAACCGAUGUAGGACACUCAUAAACAGAAACCCAACGGCUGGUGCACGGUUUUGCGGAUUUUUAGCAGCUUUAGGAGCAACCAUUCAAUCUGUCCUGCAGCUUGUAGAGUUCUUCUUGAAUUCAGUUUUGUCAGGUGAUAAGAUAGAGGAAAACCAGAUUGAAGGCUUGCUUCUUGCUGCGUGUUAUCUCUGUAAAGACCUGGUUGCUGAUUCUGGGUGUAUGGCCUCCCUUAAAGAGCUAUUACCUGGAGAGAAAUUGAAAAGCUUGCUAGUUUCUGCACCCACUGCACAAGCACAGUCAGCUGUCUUUGAUAUUCUUGCUAUGGUCUCCCCUGACAUCGUCUCUGACGUUCUAGGAGAUUGCAUGAAUUUAGUUGUCAACUGUGGUGGUUUGCCCGAGGAUGCGGGACGACAGACCGAGAUGAGGUCUGUACACAAGUUACUUGUGUCUUCUAAUGCAGUUUCCGACCUCAUUGGAACUUGUACCAGUAUCCUGCAGAAGAUAGCCUACCGUUGUCAGAUCAAUUUCGGCUACGAAGUGGAAAGAAAGAAGGUGUGUUCCAUGUCGAGGAAGAAAUCAAAGUCAUCUGGAAAAUCUUCGGCAAAGUGGAAACAUGUUAGCGGAGAAAAUGCAAUCAGUUUCGAGGAAGAUUACUCGGUUGCUGUAGGAAUAGCAUGGCAAAUAAAGGAUCUACUUAGUAUUGAAGAUGCUCGUAAAGCUAUACUGGAGUCUGAUAUUGAGGAGUUAUUCCUUGCCUUGAAAGUUGUCUCCCAGACUAGCGUUCUACAAGCAUCUUGUUGUGAAUACAUGGACGUGUACCCUGUAUUGGCAUAUACUUCUCUUGCUUUCCAUAUGACUCUUCAGAAUAGUAGUACAACAAAUGCUCAGAAGAAUGAUACGAGAAUUGCUGAGGAUAUUCUGGAUCAAACAAUGGAUCACAUUCUAGGCUGCACAGAUGAAUUAUUUGAGGCACGUGACAGUGGAACGCCAGGGACCAUAUCUCUAGAGGCUAACCUUAGAAAGAAACCCAAAACGAGAUUUUCAGAUGAUGCUUCUGAGGGAUCAAAGGAAGGAGGUGUACUGAACAAGGUCAAGAUGCUAACCGCGAUUCUCAAGUUUAUUGUUGAGUCUACAGAGAUGGGUCUAGCUUCCAACUUGCACGCGAGGAUGUUGAAGUUCACAUCCGCAUAUCUAAAGUAUGCUAUCUCCAUUUUCAACAACCAUUCAACAGGUAAGUUAGAAUUGGAGGAUACAGAUAUCAAGGACAUGAUUCUGUGUACAAAGAGCUCGACCAGUUAUGCCGGAAAGCUCAUAAACCUAGUGAUGAUGACACACACGACCGAAGCUUCAUGCUCCUUGUUUGAAGCUUUUGACCUUGCAAAUGACCUGCUUGAUCUAUUUACAACGGUCGAAAUAUCUUUAGGCUCAGCUUAUGCAUCAAGGCUUGUGACAGCUUUAAACCCUUGGAUACCAGAUUUGGUUCUUGCACUAGGACCUUGUUUCAUAAACAACAACUUGGAAGAAGAAAGUUCGUACACCAGCUCAUUCAACCACAUCACUGUCCGCUUCCCGUCCUGGCUUAUUACAUGUGCGAAGAUGGAGCUACAUGAAAUCGAUGAGACCUCGGAUUCUCAUCUUCAACUCCCAGCAUUCGAAAGACUGAGAAACACCAUAGUUUCAUUAGUGAAAGGUAACUCCAAGGUGGUAGAUGGCAUUGGUUAUGUUCUUUUGAUAUGUUCAGCAGUGUGUGUAGAGAAGAAGGAUUACAGUACAGCUCUAGGACUGUUGCAUUUCCUAUGUGUGAAGCUGAAUAGUAGAGAAGAUAGAGAGUGGAAAGAGCUUGACACGAUGUUGGUCUCACUUCCGAGAAUUUACCCGAUAAUAGAGCGAGAGAUUGGUGAAGAAAGAGAUGAAGACGAAGUGAAGAAGCUCGAGGCCGCAAGAGAAUUGCUUCAACCUGUGUGGAUGUAUCAUGUCUAUGAGACCGGAAGGUUCCGCAUGAUGGAGGAAGAAGAAUAGAAAAUGUUGGUUUCUCGCAGAUCCUCCUUGCUUAUCAAGGUAACAACUGUAACAAUAAUCUUAAAUCCAUCGAAUCUCGUCUCGUUUCUGUUUUCAUAGAUAAUGAUCGUUGUUGUCUCAAUCUAAAACCAAGAGCUUAGUGUAUCUCUUAUACGUUUUGUCCAUUAAACUUAUUUAAAGUCCUCUGUGAUUACUAGUGCCUUCCCAGCUUUCAUGUAGAAAUCGCA